GCUUUCAUACGCCGGUGUGCUGCAGACGGAUCGAAGCCCACUAGCAUUUCAGUUUGAAAUCGCUGCCCCAUCAUUUCUAAAGUGUGCUAUACCAUAGCGGCGCAGUUCUUGAGGCAUCGCGUACUCUCGUGCACCUUAUGAACAAAGUGGGAACUAUUGCGCGUUUUCCCACUCGUGUUCUACAAGCAACAUGUGGCCAGAUACUCCGCGCCUUCAUUGUGACAUCGACAUUUACCUCUCGCACUUCGGAGAUCCCAAGGAGCUGUGGCAGGAAGCCACUCGGAGAUGCAACUUCAUUCAUUGUGUGCAGCUGCUUCUACCAGGGCUUUCUCAGGUUCCAAAAGAUGUGCAGUAUUUGAUGGCUGCUCAAGAUUACCAUGUUGUCCGUAAUGUCCAUGCCAAAGACCUUAUUGCCUGGGACUUUGUGGAAAAUUUUGUGAGACAAGGAAAGCUACACUUGUUGUCACUCAACUCAAGUAUUCAUUCUGGGAAUUGUGUAGCUCUCACAGCAGAUGGUGAACUUCACUUAUCACUUCAGGAAGAAGUCUUUCAAGUAUCAGGACUUGAAGGUUCUCGUUCUACAGGCAGUUCGAAGGGACAAAGUGUUUUCAAAUCAGCAAUAGACCUACAAAAGCAAUGCUUUCAUCCAGGAAAAAAUCAUUACAAACGCACACUAGAUUCACUGGAGAGGUGUGGCAGUCUUGUAAGUCAAGAUGUGGCUGUUGUCUGGGAGUCCAUACCAGAGCAUACAAGCUUGUCACCGUCCUCGGUGGUAAAGCACUUUAUCCAGUGUGGCCAUACUGUGAUCCCUUGCAAACCAAGGUACUCUUCAGCAGUGCAGUUCUGUCAGGCUGUGCCCACUGCUCUUACAACACUGGAACACUUGGUAGAAGAUGCAUAUGUGCCAAUUUAUGAGUGGCUUGGAGCCAUUGCCAUUGGAGUUGAUUCAAGGGAUCAUAAGGAUGCAAGGGAGGAGUUCAUUAGCAGCUAUCGCUUUCCUGGCCCAAGCACUGAGGUGUCCAAGCUCUUUGUUGCCAACUGGAAAGGGUUCUUUACUCCUACGUGUGCCAUAAAGCUCCUUUCGUUACUCAGAUCUGCGACAACGUCGAUUUCGGGAUGUAUUUUUUCGCCACCUCCAUCUUGGGCAGGCCUAGAGGUGUGCGCCGAGACGUCGGCACUCCGCUGCCGCCAGUUUUCGCUGCGUCGCCAUCGCCGCCGCUAGCUGAUAGGAGUUAAAUAACUGGAUUGGAAAAAACGCCAGGCCUGCGCGGAAGGCGCAGCACAGUCACAGCGAGAGCUAGAAGAGCGGC